ACACGGACACAUCGCUGGUCCAACUCCUGCUGGUGAUAACAUGCGAACAGACCUGCUAUGUGGCCAGCUGGGCUGUCGGGGAGCAGGAGAUUCCUUUUAACAUAGUGACGAACGUGCGUAGUGUUGUUCCCUUGGCUCAGCUCCAUUUAAAACGGUACACGUUUUGCGUGUAAAGAGCAUUUGGUUGAGAGCCGCGUUGAGUGUGCAGUGUUGUACCUCUGGAGAGUGUGGAACACUCCACACCUGUUAUCAGGCAAAACGCUCACACAUCAUCAACCGUCCUAUCAGGGGGCAGUCUCAGCAGGCUAACAUACGGACUGGUCAACUUCUCGAUCAUUCUCGUGACAAUGCACUCAACGUGCUUAGUGAUCAAUUACCUGUGUUAACACUCUCUCGUUUGUCUCAGGGAAAGGUGUGAUUAUCUCAAUGAAGACGUAAAAUGUUUCCCAUGCUAUUGCUAGCACAUAAACUAAGGUUGAGUUAGCCUACAUAGGCUUCUGUGGAGAGGAUUUUACAUUGUAGUGCAACAAGGUUUGUAUCAAACUCUCUCUGCGGACCCCGAUGUACCUUCUCAUAGCGACACACACACACACACAGAGGUGUACGUAGUAGACCUAACAUUUUGUAUAUAUAUAUAAGAAACCUCCAGUUGGUUACGGAUGUAGAGCUGUGCGUGUAGAUGAAGUGACAGCGCUGUUUGACAGUAUUGUCUCAUGCUUGUAUGAUCACGUAUUUCUUGUGUUACACUUAUCUUGGCUGAUUAUCUGUAACUUUCACAACUUCACAGAAAAGUGUACUCGGAGUAGCGUUUGAAUUUCAGCACCAAUUUUGAAAACUUUUUCAUUUCUGUUAUACAAAAACAGUGUUGAUUUUAACUUCUGAUUUGGAUAAUUAAAUUCGACUUGUGUGACAUUUGGAUUUUAUCUUAACGGUACAGCAUCUUGAACUUGAUCUGUGAGUUUUGGAUUAUUAAAGUGUAUCCACUUUGAUUUACUGUGUUAAUUUUGACAGCUGCUGAACACCAUACACCGUGUAUAACAAGCGAUCUCCUUCAGCCAAGAAAUGAUCUGUCCUUGUUGUUUAAGGCACGGCACGGGUUUUGAAUGAUUACUCAACGUAAACAAUCGAGGAUAUCCACGUAGGUCAGUUGACAUUCGUUGGCAGCAUUACAGAUUCUUAACAAGAUGGUUGUCCUGAAGCCCAAAAGUACAAGUUGGAACAGUUUGUGGUCAAUUAUAUACUGUUUACUCGUAGUUGGAUUGCAAUGUUACAUUUCCUACAGAGCGAUACACACCUUUCAGGAAACUAUAUUGGAACGUUGGAAGGAGUACUAUCCCUCGGCAUUAAGCGCCAAACUAGGCCUCGCCAUAUUGGCGUUAAUCCUUGCACCUCUCUUUAUCAUAUCUUCAGUGUUAAAAUUAGGGAAUUAUGCCAACGACGGGUUCAAGUUGGGCAGAGACCAUGCUUUAUGUCAGACAGGAGAAAGUUUUGUUGACAAGUUGAGUUCCGAAACUGUCAAGAAACUAUGGAAGAAUUUGUGUCCAUUUUCUCAGACGUUCCAUAUCAUUAUAUCGUUUUUCCUUCUGCUGCCGGACACUUUAGUUGAAGCGUCAGACGUCUUUUACGGACACCAGCAUACCAGCAUCAUAUGGUCGUCCAACAUCGACUUCCUGUUCCCAAAUGAACGCAGAGGAUGGAGUGACUUUAAUGCCCGUAUGAACAACACCGUAAAAAGUAAUGCAUCCGCUUUUAACGUCGGAAUCAUCUAUACGCUUGGAGAUUCAGUCAUGUCACCGGAAUUCGUCUUCUUCGUAUCGGCGCUUGUCGCAUUUACCGUUCGGUACGCCUCUGUAUUCUGGUAUACGAACAAGGCCUUGUCAUUAACGUUUGCUUGCCAGCUUCUUUUCAUGAGUGUGGAAUCAGUUUUCGCCUAUACGGGAUUUUCAAUAUUAUACAAAGUGACAAUAAAUUAUCCCACAUAUAGUCACAACCUUUCCCUAGUUUUGGGUCCUGGAGGCACGUUGGUUCUUUAUCUAUUUGGCGGUACUACUAUUCUUCUUUCGACAAUAACCGUAUUUUAUUACGGUUCACAUCAUUUCCACGAAAAGUUCAGACUCGUUGACCGGAAACACAAUCCUGAAAAAUAUGUUCGACACAAGCGGAACUAUAAAGGACCCUGUAACGGAUAUGUAUCUCACUCAUGCGCAGUCGGAACUCUGGUACUACUGGCAAUAUUCAAAGGUCCAAUUCUGUAUGAUCUGGUCUCUAUAUAUAGACUCACGAGCGACAACCUCGUUCUGACAUGUGUUGUUAUUGACGUUGCAUAUAUGGUAUGCUGGAUUUGCCUGUGGACUCUACUUACCAUAAAGGAGCAGUGGCUUUUCCGAAUAUUGGACUACGCCAAUGUAGGCGAGCCGAUAUUUGUCAUAAAGAGUGACAGUCUGUUAAGGACGCCAUCAAUUUCCAUUGGUUCAAUUGAUCUCAAAGAUAUCCAAAUGUCACGCGGAAAGAGACCAAGUUCGAUUCCGAGUUGUGACAUCACUGUGAGUGAGAGCGGAUUCGACGAGUAUGAACCGGCUCCUUCAGAGGAAGAGGAGCGUUUCGAACUCUCUCUGCCAACUGUCAGUGAAAACCCGGAUGGAUGUGAUGAUGACAGCAGUAGUGUGAUAAUGAGGCGCUCGCGGAACAGGCGUAGUGGCGGCCAGCGCGUGACGUUUCAUGAGACCGUUCGGCGGUCAAACGACAACCUUCGCUGUCAGUCACCACACGAAGGCGACACACGUGUCAAUGUCACGGCAGACGUGCAUUCAGGAGGCCGGAAGGGGAUGAUAUCUCCUUUCCGACGAAGUUUAUCCGACAUUGAUACCAGAGCGGCGUCACCCAUUUACAAUAAAAGUUCUAGUUUACCAAGAUUUCAUCAUCAUUCUAAACAGAGGGAGGAUUUCACGGAACCGCUCUUAGAAACAACACAUAUUGUUCCUACUGCGUCACAAAACCUUGAAACAUCUGCCUCUGUUUCGGAAUCGGAUACAAAGAUACAAAGUCCUAGUAGCAAACCGCCCCGGCCUCACAGCUGUUCUGACGGAGUCCGGCAGACGCCUGUGGUGAUUAAUUAUAAACCGUCAAAUAUUGACACAGCCGAACAACGCGAAAAACUGGACAAACAGAGUCGGUACAAAUCUCCGGACAAGGUUCAUCCUAAAGAUUCUAGGUUGACCCUCAAGGAUUUGAAGGACGCCAAUACAAACAACGAAGUGAAACUUAAGCUUUUAAAUGACAAAGACUAUAACGAGAUAGGCGGGGAAAAGCAGCCAGACAUUGUUCCAAAAGAUAACUCCGGCCAUCUUUAUCCUAAACCUGUUCAAACUUUAAGUAGCGGAAAAACUGAUAUUUCUCGGAGAGAUUCUGCAAAUUAUUCCAUGACGUCAUCACAAGAUAAUUCCUCCAACGAUUCCGACCACGGUCUCAACCACUCGCGCGCCCUCUGCAGUCAAAACAAGGCUAGAUAGAUGAGGGAUAUCUUCACAUCAGUUCAUUGACGUCAUCAAGUUUCAACACGUGACUGGAUGAAGAUUUGUGCAUGCGCUUUGAAUCAUCGACAUUAAAAGCCGUUCUCAACACAGAAAACACAGAAGCGGAUUGAAGAACCGAGUUCAGCUCAAGGACAUGUAUUUCAUUAUCUGUUAUUUAUAUCGAGAAUCGACAAACACAUUUAGACAUCUUAACAAUCAGAAACAUAUAACUUUCACAUGUAUCUGAGACAUAUAUACACGUCAUACGUGUGUUAUAUCGUCAUUUUAUACAGAGAAGACUAAUCUUUACCCAGAGUUGUCGUUCUUUACACUAACUUUCAUGUACGGUAGAGAUUGAGAGUAGAAAAGGAGUGACGAUAAGACUAUAUUAAUCUUAUCCAAUACAGAAAAUACAUCCUCAAGUACAUAUGUACCCAGAGUUGUCGUUCCUUACACUUCACGUUCAUGAAAGUGAGUAUGGGAAACGAUGACUCUAGGUAGAGAUUGAUGUAUGUGAAUGUAGCGAACGACAACUCUGGGUAGAGAUUGAGAGAAGACAAGAUCCUAUACGGAAAACACAUACACAAAUACCCAGAGUGGUCGUUCCUUACACUUCACAUACUUUAAGGAAAAGACGAUUAGUUCCGUCUUUUCCUGAUUAAGCUUUAGCAUGUUGGCGUUCAUCCAGAUACUGAUAUCUGUCAGACAAGCUUCCAGAUUUCCAGAUCCUGUAUCCCAACUGUCCUGUGGUUUGAUGACCAUGUAAAUCCGUGUGUCAUCAGAAUAACAAUGAUAGCGAAUGCUGUAUUAAGCUUAUCUUUUAGAGUAAACUCAUCCUCAAGAAAGAUCUUCAAUCAUUAAUGGGUGAAUUAUACUUAAGUAUAAAAUCACCAAAAUGGGUAUAGGUCAUGUUCAAUUAUCAAAACUAAGAUGAGAUAUGUUUAUCCUUUUUUAUCCCAUAACACGUACAAUAUAGAAAACGAUACCAUUAUUUGAUUUCCCGAUCUGGAGAAAAAUCAAAAGACGUGAUGUCAUUAUUUUACUGUGACGUCACAAAAUACGAUGCUAAUUUGCCCUGUGAAAUUAUAAAAGGAAGAAAGAAUAUAACCAUUUGUGGGAUAAAACUAUAUAUUUGCUGCCUAUUUCAUAUUAAAUAUAUUUUCUACAAUGUUCAUGCAAUUAUUUUACUACACACGUGUAUAUGUAAAAAAAAUGAUGUCGGAGAUACUUUUAUAAUGUGUAGAAGACAAUCUUGAAACCCUUGCCUGAUAUUUAGCUUAUAUGAAGCUUUCUUAUCAAUGAAUCAUUUUCGUUUCAUUUGUGUAAUGUGUUUUGGAUGUUAUUGUUCUGUUUCAGUUUUGUGGUCCAGGAAGUAAUAACAUGUUAUUACGUGUCGUUUUAUUCCAGUUUGUGUAAUUAACGCAUGUAUUUGCGAAGAGGAUAUUAAUUCGAAACUCAAUUAUUUUUCUAAAUUUCAUUCAGAAGAAUUUUAAUAAGUGUAUAAGCUAUAUUAUGAAAUUAUUUAAACACAUAUUCAUGAUAAUAAGUGGUCGUGCAAAUAACUCUUUAUUAAUAUUACUAUUUUUGAAGAAAAAUCGCUAAAAUAAGUCUAUGAAAAUAAGUCUCCGUGAACAAGUUGUAGUGAAAAUAUGUCUUCGUAAAUAUAACCAUUCGUGAAUGUAAAUCUUCAUAAAAUGUUUUUUCGUGAAAAUUAGUCUUCGUGAGCAGUAAAUUGUUUACGGCAAUAGACGUAGUAACUCAAACACCCUGACGUCAUGCGCUGUAUUUGUUUUCACAAUUGUGGGCUCUCCUCUCCCUCUAGUUUGACAUUUGUUGGCGUAUGUCGGUAGAUCUAAUGUUGCAAAUUUAGCUGUACUGGCCACACUGGCCGUACGGAAAGAAUCUACAAAUAUCACGAGAGACUAGUGCUUGUUUUGUGUAAAUAUCCAUGACAUAGCUGACAUAUGUAUAAAUGCUUUCUGUGUAUAUUUUGAUCACUUGUAUAUUUUUGCCAUUUGUAAAUAGACAAACAUACUAGCGGUACAGAGUUAUUUAUUCGUAGGCUAGAAUGCGAUUAUUUAUGUACGGAUUAAGGGAUGAGAUAAAUUAUUGUAAACCUCA